UAGAUUUGACAUGUAUUCCUUUGGAAAGUACUUGUUUAUUUUGUGAAUUACGGAUACGAUUUAAUAAAUUACAUAUUACAAUAUUGAAUUCCUGUAGCAUUCACGAUACUUGCAUUUAUUGAUAACAACAAUGUCAAUCACAACAUUGUAUUAUUUAGAGUUAAAGAAAGAGAAUGCGCAUGAAGACUCAAUCUGGUGUUGUGGGUGGAGUAGAAUAGGCCAUGAAAAGAAGAAACCCGAGGAUAAUGGUGAAACUGAAAAUAACGAGAACUCACAGGAUUCAAACCAUUCUCAAGAAGCAGUAGAAGAUUAUAUCAUCACAGGAGGGUUGGAUGAUAUAAUAAAAAUUUGGCAGUUAGAAAAUGGGAAGCUUGAGCUAAGGCACAAACUGGAGGGACAUUCUCUCGGUGUCAUAUCUGUGGCUGUGAGUCCCGACGGUAAAACAUUAGCAAGCAGUUCUCAAGAUUCCUCCUUAAUCCUAUGGGAUAUUGCAUCUGGUGAUAAACUCAAGACAAUGGAGCCGGGCUCCUCCGAUGUGUGGACAUUAGACUUCUCGCCGGACGGCAAGCAUGUGAUCUCUGGCAGCAAUGCAGGGAAGAUCCUCAUAUUCAGUGUGGAGAGUGGCAAGCAGGAACAGACAUUGGAUACUAGAGGAAAAUUCACGUUGAGUGUUGCUUAUAGUCCCGACGGCAAGUACAUAGCCAGCGGUGCGCUAGACGGCAUCAUCAAUAUUUUCGACGUAGCACAAGGCAAGCUGGUGCACACGCUGGAAGGCCACGCCAUGCCCAUUCGCAGUCUGUGCUUCUCUCCCGACUCGCAGCUACUGCUCACUGCCUCUGAUGAUGGACAUAUGAAGUUAUAUGAUGUGGUCCACGCGAACCUGGCCGGCACAUUAUCCGGCCACGCCUCAUGGGUGCUAUCUGUCGCUUUCUCACCGGACGGCAAGCGCUUCGUGUCCAGCAGUGCUGACCGGACCGUCCGGGUCUGGGAUCUGGACUCCAUGCAGUGCCAAAACGUCUUCAAGGACAACAAUGACCAGGUUUGGGGAGUGAAGUUCAACGCAGAUAGCAACAAAAUAGUAUCUGUUUCCGAAGACAAAAGUUUAAUCAUUUACUCGUGUCCAUUAUAGCGUGUACAUUUAAUUAAAUAAACAAUUUUAUAAUAAA